GGCCAGCGCCACUCCUGACAAAGCCUUGGAGUGUCCGCGCUCGAGAGCAUAGCGAAAUAUCUCGAAUAAACGGUCCGCUUUGGAAUGUCCUACAACGGUUUCCUAACUGCACUUUUAGUCUUACUAGCGGUCCGGGUGUCGACCAUAAAAUGCGAAAUAUCGCGGGCGCGUCCACGUGCUGCGGAGCAACGCGCAGAAAGUAGCCAUGGAGAGGAAGGUUAUGCCUUCUUUGCUCUGCGGAGCUGCCACCAUGUGCUGCGUGGGGACAGUGGUGAGUUCUUCUCCCCGGACUACCUGUGCUCCAGUCCCCCGCUGUGGUGCAACUGGACCAUUCAAGUAGGCUCUGGGAAGCGUAUCCAUCUUGAGCUGGAGGAUUUCACCCCUGCUGAUGCCUGUCACCUCAAGAAUGACCAGAUCCACCUGGAUGAGUCUCCAGGCUCUGGAAGGCAUCGCGUUCUGGAAAGGUGUUGGGAGAGGGCUGUACAUACGACUCAUUCCAACACGGUGCAUGUUGUUCUGCUCAUUGGGAAAGAUCCCAGACCUCCACACCGAGGCUUCCAUGCUCGCUACCAUGCACUUGCACCAUCCUAUGCCCAAGAACCACCCCACAGAGGAAAACACAAGGAUCCAAAUGAAGCUAAGGUAUCAGUUAAAUUGUUAGAUAAAAGCAAGAAAAUGGUUACAGGUCCUCUUGUGACCACUUUUCCUCAGACCUUGUCUCCAGAAGAUGGCUUUAUGGGACAGCCUGUAUCUGGCCGGGUCGCAACAGUCCCUCAGACGGCAUCUGAUGAUGGCAAGUUUUCCAUUACUCAGUCUUCCAACACUAAGAAGUUGGAGGUCAGAAACACUGUAGGAUCUGUAGCCAUGUGGAAUUCUGAAGGCACAUGGGAUGAUAUUGAGAACUCUUUGGGUGAUUUGGGGGUCUCGGUUCACAAUCAAGAUGGGAACUCUAAGGAAAGGCUAGCUGAAUUUAAUGGGAUUGAGGACAUUAACUCCAAGCAUACAGUUUCUGUAAUGCUUAAUCCUAACAGGCAGACACCUUUUUUGGAGCACGGUAGCUCUGGUGUACACAACCCUCAGUCUGAACCAGCAGAAUGGUCUGGGUUGCCAAGUGAUCUGAAAAAUGUGGAAGCAGGGUCAUGGAGUUCAAGAACUUUGAAUAAUAACUGGAAUGAUCAGCUUGCCUUGGAACCUCCCGUGGGCCAUAGCACCUCGAUUCCAGUGCAAACAUUACUAGAGAGUGGACAAACGGGUGGAAGUGAGACCAGUUUGACAGCACAUGCUGGACAGCAUCCAAAGAUUACAGAACCGAUGACAGUAUCCUCACAGUCUCAGAGAUACUCCAGAAAUACAAGUCAGCUAGUGCACUUACCCGGAGACUAUCUAUUUGAAGUGGCUGUAGAAGUCUAUGCAAAUCUGGGUAAGAUUCAGAACUGGGAGCAUUUUGUGAAGUCACUCAAGAUUUCUGUGGAAACAAUGAUCAUAGAUGAAUUAAGAUUUAACCAACUGAAAGCCAUAUCCUUCGAAAGAAUAAAGAAGCUUUCUGCCUGCAGGCUACAUGCUGGUGUGCUGCUCAUCUUGUGGUUGCAGCUUGCUGAAGAUUUUGAGGGUGAACAAAUCUACGAGAUUGUGAGUUCAGCAUUGAAACAGCUGCUGAGGAAGGCAGUGAGACUAGGUCCCAGCAGACGGUUCAAUUCAACUUUUGUGGCUUCUGUCUCCAUUGAAGAUGUGAAUGAGUGUGAAACCCAGCUGGUUCUGUGUGACAUCCAUGCUGACUGUAUCAACCAGUUUGGCUCUUAUGUGUGCCACUGCCAGCCAGGAUUCACAGGUGCAUCUAGUUUCCACUCCAGAGGAACAGACUGUGUGGACAUUGAAGGCUCUACUCGUUCCAUAUCUCCAGUGCUCCUGCAAGGUCUGUGUGCUUUGUGCUUCCUACUUGGUGUCUUCCUCCUGCUGCUGUUGUGCAUCAUGGGAGUGAUGUACCGGCGACACCACCACGGAGUGUUUCUGGUACCAUGCCAGAGCCACAGCUGUGGUGACAGUGAGAGUAGUAGCAACACAAAUGGUAACGGGAACUACAGCAACAAUGGCUCAAAUAUGCCCCCCCCGCCGAUUCGACAUCCGAAAGACCGUGGGGGCAAUGCCAAGGACUCCUUCCCUUCUGUUGGCCUACCCCUGUUGAAGUUCGGUCCUCUCCUGCCUUCUGAUUCAGUGAGGUGCAGGGAGCCGAAUGAGGGUGUUAAGCUGUAACACCAUGCUUCCUUGAGUUUGCUGUUGGUGCUCACGUUUCUUUUGGCAGGCACAACACCUCCAUUUUUGUUUGCUAUAAUUAUUUUGCAGUUUUAUGCAAAUUGUUUAUAAAUAUUGUGUAUAACUUAUGGUUAAGGGAUUGGUGAAAAUGACCCAGAGCCUUUCACUUUAUUAGCUUGGAUUUUGUUUGACUGUCAUUUGAUUUGAAUGCAAGACAUAAGUUUGUCACUGUCAGUUUGUGCAGUUGCCAGAGGAGGGAUAGGAUUCAGUGCCUGCACUGCAGGUGAUACUGAUAACUGUCCAGCUACUUUCACUAACAGGAGAUUUUUUUUCUUCCUCAGGAAGAAAUGUUUGCAUGGAGUU